CAGUUCGAGUCCUCUGCUACAUGCAUGGAGAAGGAUAACAUAUCCUGUCCUCGCUCCCAGCUAGAUUGCUUAGAUGACUUAGCUUAUCCAUGGCACCCUGGCCCUCGAACACCGCGACUCCAUUCGGCCAAAGCGGAUAAUUCCGAUGUCACUGUAUUCACCGUGGCUUCGACAUAUGUUUCCAUCGACUUGGUCAACUAGUUGCCUGGUCGGACACUUAUGAUAUUCUCUGCAACCCCUUCGGUGGGCGUCCUGAAUACUGGCUGUGUUUCCAGACGCGAUCCAUUUUACUACCCCUUCAACGUCGAUGCAGAACCCCGAUCAUAAUGUUCAGCUUCAGCGACAAGCGUCCAAGAGAUGACGAUGCAUUUGCUAGUCAGGACGAAAGCUUGAUACGUGCAAAAAAGAAACCACGUCCUCUACCGUUACGCGCCUUGCCCAUCACCACUCACGGACGAGACCUAGCUGAUAUCCAUCCAUUCCCUGCUCAGUUUCUCCUUCCUUCAACCUUGAUCCCGGCUGAUUCAUCAGAGGACGAUGACCAAGAAGGCAUUUUCAAUAAGUGUUUAGACCAUGGUAUCGUAAAUUCAGCAUACCAUAAUGUGCAGUCCCAAGGACAGGGAUAUAGUUCACCUGCUGUCAGCCUGGACACUGCAAUGGAGCUUGAUGUGAGAAGUGAUUGCCAGCCAUUAUCCAGCCGUGAUAAUAUUCAUCCUUUUUCAGUCGGCAUGAACCACAGUGAAGGCAUCCAAUUGUCUUCUGUUCCUUGCAAUCUCAUCAACCAGUAUCUUCAUAUCACCGAAGGAUGUAUGACUACUCCCACCCACAGUCACUUUACGAUGAACAUGGCUGCACAGACAGAAUCCACAACCAUGCCAUCUAGCAGUGACCCUGCUUGCAAGUAUCAGAACUCUGGAAAGGAUGAAAAGGCAGACUGCGGGCAUGAUCGGCAUCCCCUGAGCCUGAUCAACCAGGAUGGGAAUACUCUGCAAGAUAAUUACAGCGUGUCAACGGAUAACCAUGGACAAAACAAGGCGCCAUUGGGCAUUGCGAAAGCUGGGCCUCGCAAGGGAAAAACAAUGUUGUCAAUGGGUUACCGCGCUGACUGUGACAAGUGUCGACGUAAGGUCCCGGGGCACUAUAGCCAUUUGAUUCGCACAUGAGAAAUUAGCUCUUCCUUGCACAUUAAUGAAUGGGCUCUUGGAUGUGUAUUUUGAUUCUUCCUUGAGAUGGUUGGAGGCGUUAGGCUAGCUUGUGGAGUUCUUGGUGUUUCUCUCUGUGAUUGCCCUGUAUUCAUGGUGAAGCCGAUACCAUAGAAAGGCUAUUGAUGAUUA